AUGGCACAUCAAGAGGAGAAACAUAAGUUCUUGAACAAACUUAGGAAGCCAUUUAGAUCUCAUUCGAGGUCCUCGUCGCUUUCGAAGUCUGAAGUCAACAAAUCACCCUCAUCUUCGGCAGAUAGGAGCUCCAGCAGUCCAGAAAAAGCUUCGGGGCAUUCCAAUAUUUUAAAAGCAGCUUAUGAAGAGGGGCAGAGGAAGUUUAAAAGAGAGAACAAUUCCACCAGCAGCCAAAGUCAUGCGAUCAAAGAAAACCAUUCUGGUAGUCAUGAUCCUCAUGUAAUUGCAGAACUGUCUACUGGUAGAUUGCUAGAUACACCUCCCAGAGUUCAUCGUAACGCUGUUACAAGAGAUCCUGGUGGAGAUUUUACUGGCGAUAAAAAUCCUACGGAUCUAGUGUAUGAUGAUGACGGGAAUGCUAAGGGCCCUGAUACUAAACUAGAGGGAACAUCGGUUCCCAUGGACAAAACCCAUGUCAAAGGAUUGAGGGAAAAUGAUAAUCCAAAUUACGGCAAUGAUGCGAAGAUAGAGAAAGGUACCGGUUAUUAUUAUGACCCAAGGGAUACACAAGGUGGUGUUUACCAUCAUGUCGGCGCUCAUGAUGAUGCCACAAGAGCUCAUUUAGAAAAAAACAGGAAUCUUAAGACUCAGCCGUCCGCCUAUAUGCAACUCGAAAAAGAGAAAGAGAAAGAUGCACAGGUAAAGGAAAUAAAAGACCAAGCUUAUGAAGAGGGUCAAAAGAAAGGAAAGAGUGAAUCCAGGAGACAGGAAGCAGAACAGAAAGAUGAACAAGAAACCGUCGAUGGUGGUGAUAAGUCAUUGGAUCCAGGUCAGGAGCAUUCAAGAAAUAAGUCUGCAUUUAAUGAGGCAGGCGCUUCUUCUGCAGAGGAUGAACUCAAUUCUAAAGGUAGAGCUAGUGGUGUUGGUGCAACAGCGGCGGGAGCCACAGCAGGGUCAGCAUCUCAUGAGAAGAACAAAGACAAAUCGCUGAAGAAUCCUCAAGAUGCUAAUACUGGUGCAGAAACCGGCUCAGUGAGUGCUUUCAAUAAUUCAAAAGAUUCACCAGCACAUUCUAAAGGUUUGGAUCAAAAUAAGAAUUCCACCAAUUCUUCCGAUGCUCCUCUUUCUCCUGCUGACAAAAAUUUCAGCUACGAUUCUGAAUUGAAGAAGUUAGAUAAACAGAUUGAAAGUACACAGGCACAGAUUGAAGGUCUUGAUAAGGAUGGUGCAUCUACCAAAACGCUUAAUGAUGUUCCACUUGACGCGGAAUCAAAGUCUUCAGCAUCACAUGAAAGUGCUGGUAUUACAGGUGCAUUGGCGGCUACAGCUGCUGCUGCUGCCAGCUAUGUGGGUUUCGGUAGGAGGAAGACUUCCGGCGAGGAAGAUAUUGUCAAAGAAGCUUAUGAAGCAGGUAUCAAAUCAGGAUCCUACGAAGCAGGUUUGAGUGCUGGAAAAGAUGGUGCUAAUGUCAAAUCUUCAUCGAAGAAAACUUCGGUCGGUUCUAAACUUCCUUCGGAUAACCAGGGUGUAAGUUCAGAAUCAGCAUCAAAAGAAUUGAAUUCAGAUGGAACUGAAAAGCCGGGUCCUUUAGAUGGAGCUAAAGGCGCACUCAGCGCUGGUGCUGGUGCAGCUGCUGGUGCUUUAGGGUAUGAUAAUUCCAAAAAGGACACUCCUGAUUCUAGAAAUAUUAAGAAGCCUGACUUAAAAUCCACUUUGAGUGGUGGAUCCGACGCGAAAGAUUUGAGCGAUGACUACACUGAAGUAAGUGAACCAAAUUCUUAUGAAGAUAGAAAUAUUGACUCAGUUCAAAUCGAUACUAAAAGUGGUGGUUUCCUAGGCUCGCUUGGAUGGGGUCAUAAAUCGUCAAAACCAGAGGAAAGCGUCAGUGAUCAAAGUAGUAAGCGGUCGGAUAAAGUACUUGAGGAAAAAUCGAACACCACGACGACAAAUGAAGGAUCAGCUAGUCCAAAUAGCAGAACAGGAAUAAUUGCCGGUGUUGGGUCUGCAAUUGGCGUAGCAGCUGGAGCAGUAGGAUUACUGAAGUCUUCUUCAAACCGCGACAUUAAAAACUCAUACGAUAAGAACAACGAAGAUUCUUUAAUUAAUACAGCUGAAAAGAAGUAUGAUGACGUUGCUGAACAACCAGCUCAUACAAAUGAAGGUGGUUUACUUAAACGUACUAACGAUCAGCUGAAACGAAGUCCUAAUGACAAGCUGGCAGGCUUAAAAGCUCCUGGCUCUGUAGAAGAGAGUUCCGAUAGUCCUGCAAAACACGCUGAAGCAGAUGUCGAUGCAUAUAAUAAAGUUCAUGGACAUGCUCAGAAAGAUGAUAGAAACUUAGUUGAAAUAGCUGAAAAAAAUUCACCAGAAAUAAGGAAGUUGCAAUCUCAUAAGGGUGAGUCUGCUUUGGAUGAGGCUGACAGAGGGUUAAAUACAUCUGGUGGAUCCAGUGGCGGAGCUGUUCCUGUAAGCGAUAAAAAGAGUCAAGUUUCAAAUUUAAAGACAGAUACUUCUAAGACAGGAGAUAGUGCGUCUUCCUCUGUUUACUCUGAUUCCACAAAAGCAACAGCAAAAGAUUCUGAUAAAAAAGACAGUAAGCUGCAACUUGGACUAGGAGCUGCAGCUGUAGGAGCUGGAGCAGCAGGCAUUGGUGGAGCACUUUCUUACAUCUCUGGUUCGAAAAAAGGUGAACUGAAAGGUGAGUAUGAUUCUUCUCAGACAAAGGACUUGUCAAAUGACCACUCAGGGUCUAGGAACAUAUCAGGAAGCAGUAACACGCCGAACUCAUACCCUGUAAUUUCGGCAAACUCAACUAACAAAAGCAAGUCUGAAUCUGCGGCGAUAGCUAACAACAGCUACAAUCAAGGGAUAGAGUCUGGAUCCUAUAAUGCGGGUGUUAACGCUAAAUCCUUUGAUGAGAAAGGCACUAAAAACUUACCGAAAGAAGAGAGAGCCGAAUAUUACCGCGAAGGUAUCAAAUCUGGUUCGUAUAAUGCAGGUGAAAAUGUAGGAUCAUCUCAUGCUGAAUUGACCGACAAGGAUUCAACUGAAUUAUAUAAUGCUGGGGUCACUAGAGGAGCAUAUGAGGCAGGGCAAGUAAAAGGCGCUGAAGAUUUUAGUGCAGAGCAAUCUAGUGGGUUGGAGAAGACCUCUAAAGAGAAACAAUUACCUGGAGUUGGCGUUGCUGCUGCUACUGCUGCCGGCACUGGUACCGGAUUGGCAGCUGGAACUGCUUACGACAGAUCUCAUGCCUCCAGUUCAAAAUCAUCACAUGAUCAUGCUAAUGAAGAGAGCUUGGAAAGUAAUAAUAGUGAGUUGACCGUGGAAGUUAUAGGUGUCAAAGACAAAGAGGCCGCAUCAAGACUUGCUCACAAGGCUUCCAAGGAGUUGAGUGCAAAGGGAGUCGAUUUGAGGACGGGAAAAUUAGUGAUAAAUGCGGAAACGAGAGAAGUGUAUAAGGCACCAGAAAAAAGCUCGCCAACUGCAACGACGGCAGCACCCAAGUCAUAUACGGAUAACCAAUUCCCAAAUCUGCUGGCUCAUGACAGACGUACCGAAGAGUAUGAAAAAGCCAAAAAUCGCUUAGAAGAGGCUGGAAGUACAAGUGGAAGAGGGAACGAUGCAAGUCAACAUCCUAGGUCUGAUGGCACCUCAACCAUGAGUCAAACAGCUGGUGCCGGUGCUGCAAUUGCAGCAGCUGCCGCCACCGGUGCUGCGAAUUUACAUUCCAAACGUAACGAUUCUGGCCUCGGUUCUGGUACUGAUAAAACAAGUGCGGUCAAUUCAAGUCUUGGUACAGAAAAGCAAGCUCUGGGCUUUGAGUCUAAUGCGGGAUCAACUUCUGGUGAAAAAACCAAAAGCGACAUUGUUGUUACCGUAGAACAUACAAAAGACAAUGCUGCAGCCACCAAAAUCGCUAAUGAAGCCGUCGAUAAAUUAAAGCCAUAUCCAGAGAUAUUAGCAGGAGCUAAAGAGUUAAGAAUAGACGCACGCACUGGCAUUGUCACUAAUGAACGUGGAGAUGUGAUUAAAAUUCCAGGAAACACUAAGAGUACUGACUUUGCACCAACUUCAACCGCAAAAGAAAAUACUCAUGAAUCAAGCAAGGAGGGUUCAGAGCAGGUAAAUCCUAACUUUAGUAUACCAGGUUCUUUUUUUGUCUGA